AUGGCAAGUCAAAGCCAUGCAGCAACGAUCCAGAACAUUCCACACGAAGUCAUCACAGAAAUACUCGCAAGGCUACCCGCCAAGUGUCUCAUACGAUUCCGGUGCGUCUGCAAGUCAUGGCGAUCUCUAAUCUCCGACCCCCAGUUCCUUAAAAAGCAACUACAUUUCUCGCACGCAGAGUCCAACUUCACUCGUCAAAGAAUCAUUGUGUUCAAACAAGGCCUUCCCAGUUCCGACCACCGCAUUGCCAGUUCUUACUCUGUUCACUCUGUAUUCAACGACCAUGAAAUGCCGUGCUCUUUUGAUGUUCCACUUCCGAUGACCGACCCCGCCAGCAUUAUUGAGUUUGUGGGUUCUUGCAACGGGUUGGUUUGUUUACGUGAAGGCAGGAUAUUACACCUAUGGAACCCGUCUACCAGAGAAUCCAAAAGAUUGCCGCGCUCAAUUGGCUACAACGACUAUUUUGGGUUUGGUUACGAUGAAUCCGUUGAUGAUUACAAGGUGGUGAGACUCUUAAACAAUGAGGGUGAUACGUGUAAAGUUGAGGUGUAUGAAUUACGGGCGGAUUGUUGGAGAGAAACUCAAAACUUCCCUUACAGUUUAAAUCGUUUUGCUGGGACUUGGAGUACUGUAUACGCCAAUGGUGCUCUGUAUUGGGUAGUUGUGCGUGAACACGGCCCUGAAGGGACUCGUUGGAACGUCGUCGCUUUUGAUUUAUCGACGGAGAAAUUCACAGAGGUGCCACAACCAAACUAUUUUGAUGAUGACAGUUGCAGUUUAUUGGCCGGCCAUGGCAUGUCGGUGUCGGAUUUAAAUUUCGUUAUAGAGCUGGUGGUUGAACGAGGAUCCCUUUGUUUGGUUUGUCACUAUAUCCAAUGUUGUGUUGGAAGCCAUGCUGGUGUGUGGAUAAUGAGGGAAGAUGGAGUGUGGACCAAGUUAGCGAAGAUUCCAUAUCAGCAAGAAAUGAAGCAGAGUCAACAGUUCUGGCGAUUGCUGUGCUUUUCAGGAAAUGGGGAAUUCUUGAUGGCUAGAAAGGACAAGUUGGCUUUGUACAGUACAAAAGAAGAUGCCUUUGAGGACCUUCCGAUUCAUGGUGGUGGUGAUGAGCUUCUUCUUCAUGAUUCUAUACUUAAUAAAAUCAAAACCUAUGUGGAGAGUUUAAUCUCUCCCAAUUAUGCUAUGAAUGAGAGCGAACAGUCGAAGAAUUUGGUAAUGGCGUAA